AGUAGAAAAGAAAUGCUUGCCACGUUGCGGGCAACAGGAAGUCAAUCUGGCGGCUCUCUCCGUCGGGAUCGCCAGAGGAUCACUGCGAUUUGCCGCUCGGAUCCAGAAGAGGCGAUUUGGAACUGGACGAGCGAUGGGAAAGACGGCGAUCGAUGAGACAUCGACGGAUGGGGAAUUCAAGCGCACCGAGUCAUCGUUUCGCAGCUGGAUUUCUAGCAAAGAAGGGUGUGAUAUUCCGGCCGUGGCCGAUAGGUACCAUCUCUACAUCUCGUAUGCGUGUCCCUGGGCUUCCCGGUGCUUCGCUACGCUCAAGCUCAAGGGCUUAGACCAUGCUAUUGGCGUCACGUCCACAAAACCAAAGUGGGAGAGAACCAAAGAAGGCGAGAGUCACUUUGGAUGGACGUUUCCUUCCUCUGACAACGAGGAACCUGGUGCUCAGCCUGACCCCAUAAACGAUGCCAAGACUGUCCGUGAACUUUACGACAUCGCCAAUCCAAACUACACUGGAAAGUACACUGUUCCCGUUCUUUGGGACAAAGCAAAGAAAACUAUCGUGAACAAUGAGAGCUCUGAUAUCAUCCGCAUGCUCAACAGCGAGUUCAACCAUCUUGCAAAGCGUCCCGACUUCGACCUUUACCCGAGAGAUCUCCAGGCCAAGAUUGAUGAAGUGAACGCUUGGGUGUAUGACUCCAUCAACAACGGAGUUUAUCGCUGUGGCUUUGCAACCAAGCAGAAGCCUUAUGAGGAGGCGUUUGAGGCUCUGUUCAAUGCGCUGGAUCGCUGCGAGGAUAUCCUCUCAAAGCAGAGGUAUCUGUGCGGAAACGUUUUCACUGAGGCAGAUCUCCGGCUCUUCAAGACGCUCAUAAGAUUCGACGAAGUUUAUGUUGUUCAUUUCAAGUGCAACAAGAAGCUGAUCCGUGAGUACCCAAACCUCUUCAACUUCGUCAAGGACGUGUACCAGAUGGAUGGGAUCUCGGACACCGUCCGCAUGGACCACAUCAAAAAGCACUACUACGGAAGUCAUCCCUCCAUCAAUCCGUAUGGCGUCAUCCCUGUUGGAAGCGUCAUCGACUACUCCACUCCACACGACCGCCACAAGUUUAACACAUGAGUUUUAGAUUCCCAGUUAUGAUUGUCACCUUCGAUAAUAUAUUAUUCGUUUUUCAUUUCUGAUUUC